CGACGUUCCAUCUGGAGAGCCUCGACGUUCAGCCUGAGCCCGACGCGGGCGGCCGGGGCGCUGGCCCGGCCCUGGGACUGAGAGGCCACCCGGCGACGCGGAUGCGGAGCUUGCUCGCCCAAGAUCAAAGCCACCGGUGCUCUCUUUGUGUCCGCUCGGGAUUCGCCGCCCUGGGGCUGUCCAUGGAAACCUAAACUGCUGGAACCUAAGGCAGAGAAUCCUAUUUGGCUUCUUGCUUUUUGGGGGGGAGGGAGGGUGGCCACUCCGACCUGGAUUUACCGUUCUUGGCCCCCUUAGGCCCCCCCGUGCGGGGGGCGGCUGUGAUCGCUCUGGCGGUUGGAGGUCGGGGAGCGGCCCGGGCUCUGGCCAUGUUCUCGGAUGAGGAUUUCUGGAUCGCCCUGUGAAGAGGUCUCCCCGAGAGGGCCCUGCCCAGUCGGAGAGAGGGAUGGACAGCCAGAAGCCGUCUGGUGAGGAUAAAGAUUCAGAACCAGCAGCUGAUGGACCUGCAGCCUCUGAGGAGUCAGGCACCGCUGAGCCAGACCUUCCCAACCCACAUGUGGGGGAGGUCUCUGUCUCCAGUUCUGGGGAUCCCAGGCUUCAGGAGCCUUCCCAGGACUGCAGGGGCCGGGUUUGGUGCAGAUGUUCACGUGUCCACAGUGGGAGUCCAGUGCGGCGUUGUGCUCUCUGUAACUGCGGGGAGCCCAGUGUGCAUGGGCAGCGGGAGUUACGGUGCUUUGAGUUGCCAUUUGACUGGCCGCGGCGUCCACUGGUAUCCCCUGGGGGGGACCCAGGGCCCAGUGAACCAGCGCAGCCCAGUGAAGACCUAUCACAGAUUGGUUUCCCUGAGGGCCUGACCCCCGCUCAUCUAGGAGAACCUGGAGGGCCCUGCUGGGCUCACCAUUGGUGUGCUGCAUGGUCGGCAGGCGUCUGGGGGCAAGAGGGCCCAGAACUAUGUGGUGUGGACAAGGCCAUCUUCUCAGGAAUCUCACAGCGCUGCUCCCACUGCACCAGGCUCGGUGCCUCCAUCCCUUGCCGCUCGCCCGGAUGUCCACGGCUUUACCACUUCCCCUGCGCGACUGCCAGCGGUUCCUUCUUAUCCAUGAAGACACUGCAGCUGCUAUGCCCAGAGCACAGUGAGGGGGCCGCACAUCUGGAGGAGGCUCGUUGUGCAGUAUGUGAGGGGCCGGGGGAGUUGUAUGACCUGUUCUUCUGUACCAGCUGUGGGCAUCACUAUCAUGGGGCCUGCCUGGACACUGCUCUGACUGCCCGCAAGCGUGCUGGCUGGCAGUGCCCCGAAUGCAAAGUGUGCCAAGCCUGCAGGAAACCUGGGAAUGACUCUGAGAUGUUGGUCUGUGAGACGUGUGACAAAGGAUACCAUACCUUCUGCCUAAAACCACCCAUGGAGGAACUGCCAGCUCACUCUUGGAAGUGUAAGGCAUGCCGGGUAUGCCGGGCCUGUGGGGCAGGCUCAGCAGAGCUGAAUCCCAACUCGGAAUGGUUUGAGAACUACUCACUCUGUCACCGCUGCCACAAAGCCCAGGGAGGUCAGCCCAUCGGUCCUGUUGCUGAGCAGCGUCCCUCUAUCUGUAGCAGAUUCUCACCCCCAGAGCCUGGCGAUACCCCCACUGUUGAGCCCGAUGCUCUGUAUGUUGCAUGCCAAGGGCAGCCAAAGGGUGGGCACGUGACCUCUAUGCAAUCCAAGGAACCGGGGCCCCUGCAAUGUGAAGCCAAACCACUAGGGAGAACAGGGGCCCAACUUGAGCCCCAGUUGGAGGCCCCCAUAAAUGAGGAGAUGCCACUGCUGCCCCCACCUGAGGAGUCGCCCCUAUCCCCACCGCCCGAGGAGUCACCCACAUCCCCACCGCCUGAGGCAUCGCGCCUGUCCCCACCGCCUGAGGAAUCACCCCUCUCUCCACCGCCUGAGGAGUCUCCCCUGUCUCCCCCACCUGAAUCAUCACCCUUUUCUCCACUUGAGGAGUCACCCUUCUCUCCACCAGAGGAGUCUCCUCCAUCCCCGCCAGUUGAGACACCCCUGUCCCCACCAUCUGAAGCAUCACCCCUGUCCCCACCAUUUGAGGAGUCUCCUCUGUCCCCUCCACCCGAGGAAUUGCCCAGUUCCCCGCCUCCUGAAGCAUCUCGCCUGUCUCCACCACCAGAGGAGUCACCCAUGUCUCCUCCACCUGAAGAGUCACCUAUGUCUCCGCCACCUGAGGCGUCUCGUCUGUUCCCACCAUUUGAAGAGUCUCCCCUGUCCCCUCCACCUGAGGAGUCUCCACUGUCCCCACCACCUGAAGCAUCACGCCUGUUCCCACCGCCUGAGGACUCACCCAUGUCCCCACCACCUGAAGACUCACCUAUGUCCCCCCCACCUGAAGUGUCACGCCUAUCUCCACCGCCUGAGGAAUCUCCCCUGUCCCCACCACCUGAGGAGUCUCCCACAUCUCCUCCACCUGAGGCUUCGCGCCUGUCCCCACCACCUGAGGACUCAUCUCCGUCCCUGCCACCUGAAGACUUACCUGCUUCCUCACCACCAGAGAACUUGCUCACAUGCCUACCGCCGGAAGAAUCACCCCUGUCGCCACUGCCUGAGGAGCCGUGUCUCUGCCCCCGACCUGAGGAGUCGGAGUCACAAUUGUGCCCUCAGCCUGAGGAGGUGCAAUUCUGUUACCGGCCUGGGGAGCCACACCUGUCCCCCCGGCCCGAGGAGCCGCGCCUGUCCCCCCGGCCCGAGGAGCCGCGCCUGUCCCCCCGGCCCGAGGAGCCGCGCCUGUCCCCCCGGCCCGAGGAGCCGCGCCUGUCCCCCCGGCCCGAGGAGCCGCGCCUGUCCCCCGGGCCCGAGGAGCCGCGCCUGUCCGUGCAGCCGGAGGAGCUGCGCCUUUUCCCUGUAUCUGAGGAGCCGUGCCUGUCCCCUGUACCUGAAGAGCCACACUUGUCCCCCCAGCCUGAGGAGCCCCCCGAGGAGCCAGGCUUGUGCCCUGUGCCUGAGGAGUUACCCUUGUUACCCCCACAUGGGGAGCCACCCAUGUCCCCUUUGCUUAGAGAGCCGGCCCUGUCUGAGCCUGGGGAACCACCUCUAUCUCCUCUGCCUGAGGAUCUGUCCAUGUCCCCAUCUGGGGAGCCAUCCUUGUCACCUCAACUGAUGCCACCAGAUCCUCUUCCUCCUCCACUCUCACCCAUUAUCACAGCUGUGGCCCCACCAGCCCUGUCUCCUUUGGGGGAGUUAGAGUACCCCUUUGGUGCCAAAGGGGACAGUGACCCUGAGUCACCGUUGGCUGCACCCAUCCUAGAGACACCGAUCAGCCCUCCACCGGAAGCAAAUUGCACUGACCCUGAGCCUGUACCCCCUAUGAUCCUUCCCCCAUCUCCAGGCUCCCCAAUGGGACCUGCUUCUCCCAUCCUGAUGGAGCCCUUACCCUCUCAGUGUUCUCCAUUCCUUCAGCCUUCCCUGCCUCCCGAGAGCUUCCCUCAUUCCCAGUGCUCCCCUCCUGCUCUGCCUCUGUCCAUCCGCUCCCCGCUGAGUCCCAUGGAGAAGACUGCGGAGGUCUCAGAUGAGGCUGAGCAACAUGAAAUGGAGACUGAAAAAGUCCCAGAACCUGAGUGCCCAGCCUUAGAGCCCAGCCCUACCAGUCCUCUUCCCUCCCCCGUGGGAGACCUUUCCUGCCCUGCACCCAGCCCUGCCCCAGCACUGGAUGACUUCUCUGGCCUUGGGGAAGACACAGCCCCUCUUGAUGGGACUGACACUCCUGGUUCACAGCCAGAAGCUGGACAGACCCCUGGCAGUUCUACAGCUUGUGAACUUAAGGGUUCCCCUGUGCUCCUGGACCCCGAGGAGCUGGCCCCCGUGACCCCUAUGGAGGUCUAUGGUCCAGAAUGCAAACAGGCAGGGCAGGGCUCACCAUGUGAGAUGCAGGAGGAGCCACAUGCACCAGUGGCCCCCACCCCACCCACUCUCAUCAAAUCCGACAUCGUUAAUGAGAUCUCGAACCUGAGCCAGGGGGAUGCCAGUGCUAGUUUUCCUGGUUCAGAGCCCCUGCUGGGCUCUCCUGACCCCGAGGGGGGUGGCUCCCUGUCCAUGGAGCUGGGGGUAUCUACAGACGUCAGCCCAGCCCGAGAUGAGGGCUCCUUGCGGCUUUGUACUGACUCCUUGCCAGAGACUGAUGACUCGCUAUUGUGUGAAGCUGGGACAACUGUCAGCGGAGGCAAAGCCGAUGGGGACAAGGGGAGGCGGCGCAGUUCCCCUGCCCGUUCCCGCAUUAAGCAGGGACGCAGCAGUAGUUUCCCAGGAAGACGCCGGCCACGGGGAGGAGCACAUGGAGGACGUGGAAGAGGACGGGCCCGGCUAAAAUCAACUACUUCUUCCAUUGAGACUCUGGUAGUUGCUGAUAUCGAUAGCUCUCCCAGCAAGGAGGAGGAAGAAGAGGAUGACGACACCAUGCAAAAUACCGUGGUUCUCUUCUCCAACACAGACAAAUUUGUCCUAAUGCAGGACAUGUGUGUGGUAUGUGGCAGCUUUGGCCGGGGAGCAGAAGGCCAUCUCCUUGCCUGUUCCCAGUGCUCUCAGUGCUAUCACCCUUACUGUGUUAACAGCAAGAUCACCAAGGUGAUGCUGCUGAAGGGCUGGCGGUGCGUGGAGUGUAUUGUGUGUGAGGUGUGUGGCCAGGCCUCCGACCCCUCACGCCUGCUGCUCUGUGAUGACUGUGACAUUAGCUACCAUACAUACUGCCUGGACCCCCCACUGCUCACCGUGCCCAAAGGUGGCUGGAAGUGCAAGUGGUGUGUCUCCUGUAUGCAGUGUGGGGCCGCUUCCCCUGGCUUCCACUGUGAAUGGCAGAAUAGUUACACACACUGUGGGCCCUGUGCUAGCCUGGUAACCUGCCCUAUCUGUCAUGCCCCAUAUGUGGAAGAGGACCUUCUCAUUCAGUGCCGCCACUGUGAACGGUGGAUGCAUGCUGGCUGCGAGAGUCUCUUCACAGAGGAAGAAGUGGAACAGGCUGCAGAUGAGGGCUUUGACUGUGUCUCCUGCCAGCCCUAUGUUAUAAAGCCUGCGGCGCCUGUUGCACCUCCAGAGUUGGUGCCUAUCAAAGUGAAAGAGCCAGAGCCUCAGUACUUUCGCUUCGAGGGUGUGUGGCUGACAGAAACUGGCAUGGCCGUGCUGCGUAACCUGACCAUGUCGCCUCUGCACAAGCGGCGCCAGCGGCGGGGGCGGCUCGGCCUCCCAGGCGAGGCAGGGCUGGAAGGUUCCGAGCCCUCAGAUGCCCUUGGCCCUGAUGACAAGAAAGAUGGGGACCUGGACACUGAUGAGCUUAUCAAGGGUGAAGGUGGUGUGGAGCACAUGGAGUGUGAAAUUAAACUAGAGGGCCCCGUCAGCCCUGACAUGGAGCCUGGCAAGGAGGAGACCGAGGAAAGCAAGAAACGGAAGCGCAAGCCAUAUCGACCUGGCAUUGGUGGCUUCAUGGUGCGACAGCGGAAAUCCCACACACGCGUGAAAAAGGGUCCUGCGGCACAGACAGAGGUGUUGAGUGGUGAUGGGCAGCCCGACGAGGGUGAGACGGUGAUGCCUGCCGACCUACCUGCAGAGAGCUCUGUGGAGCAGAGCUUAGCUGAUGGGGAUGAGAAGAAGAAGCAGCAGCGGCGAGGGCGCAAGAAGAGCAAAUUAGAGGACAUGUUUCCUGCUUACUUGCAGGAAGCCUUCUUUGGAAAGGAGCUGCUGGACCUGAGCCGUAAGGCCCUUUUUGCAGUUGGGGUGGGCCGGCCAAGCUUUGGACUAGGAACCCCAAAACUCAAGGGGGAUGGAGGCCCAGAAAGGAAGGAUCCCCCCACCUUGCAGAAAGGAGAUGAUGGUCCAGAUGUUGCAGAUGAAGAAUCACGUGGCCUCGAGGGCAAGGCUGAUACACCAGGACCUGAGGAUGGGGGCGUAAAGGCAUCCCCAGUGCCCAGUGACCCCGAGAAGCCAGGCACCCCGGGUGAAGGAAUGCUUAGCUCUGACUUAGACAGGAUUCCCACAGAAGAAUUGCCCAAGAUGGAAUCCAAGGACCUGCAGCAGCUCUUCAAGGAUGUUCUGGGUUCCGAACGAGAGCAGCAUCUGGGUUGUGGAACCCCUGGCCUAGAUGGCAGCCGUACGCCACUGCAGAGGCCCUUUCUCCAAGGUGGUUCGGGUGGACUCCCUUUGGGCAGCCUCCCAUCCAACAGCCCAAUGGACUCCUACCCUGGCCUCUGCCAGUCCCCAUUCCUGGAUAGUAGGGAGCGCGGGGGCUUUUUCAGCCCGGAACCCGGUGAGCCAGACAGCCCGUGGACAGGCUCAGGGGGCACCACGCCCUCUACCCCCACCACCCCCACCACCGAGGGAGAGGGCGAUGGGCUCUCCUAUAACCAGCGGAGUCUUCAGCGCUGGGAGAAGGAUGAGGAGUUGGGCCAGCUCUCCACCAUUUCACCUGUGCUCUAUGCCAACAUUAACUUUCCCAGUCUCAAGCAAGAUUACCCAGACUGGUCUAGUCGAUGCAAACAAAUCAUGAAGCUCUGGAGAAAGGUUCCAGCUGCUGACAAAGCCCCCUACCUGCAAAAGGCCAAAGAUAACCGGGCGGCUCACCGCAUCAAUAAGGUGCAAAAGCAGGCUGAGAGCCAGAUCAACAAGCAGACCAAGGUGGGCGACAUAGCCCGUAAGACUGACCGACCGGCCCUACAUCUCCGCAUUCCCCCCCAGCCAGGGGCACUGGGCAGUCCGCCCCCUGCUGCUGCCCCCACCAUUUUCAUUGGCAGCCCCACUACCCCUGCCGGCUUGUCUACCUCUGCGGACGGGUUCCUGAAGCCGCCGGCAGGCACGGCGCCCGGCCCCGACUCACCUGGUGAGCUCUUCGUCAAGCUCCCGCCCCAGGUGCCUGCCCAAGUGCCUUCGCAGGACCCCUUUGGACUGGCCCCUGCCUACGCCCUGGAGCCCCGCUUCCCCACAGCACCACCCGCCUAUCCCCCUUAUCCUAGCCCAACUGGGGCCCCCGUACAGCCUCCAACAAUGGGCGCCUCAUCUCGUUCUGGGACUGGUCAGCCAGGGGAAUUUCACACGACCCCACCUGGCACUCCCCGACACCAGCCUUCCACACCUGACCCCUUCCUCAAACCCCGCUGCCCCUCACUGGACAAUCUGGCUGUGCCUGAGAGCCCAGGGGUAGGGGGAGGCAAGGCUUCUGAGCCCCUGCUCUCACCCCCGCCUUUUGGGGAGUCCCGGAAGGCACUAGAGGUGAAGAAGGAAGAGCUUGGGGCAGCCUCUCCUAGCUAUGGGCCCCCAAACCUGAGUUUUGUUGACUCACCCUCCUCAGGCCCCCACCUAGGUGGCCCAGAAUUAAAGGCACCUGAUGUCUUCAAGGCCCCUCUGACCCCUCGGGCAUCUCAGGUAGAGCCCCAGAGCCCGGGCUUGGGCCUACGGCCCCAGGAGCCACCUCCUGCCCAGGCUUUGGCCCCUUCUCCCCCGAGCCACCCUGACAUCUUUCGCCCUGGCCCUUACCCUGACCCCUAUGCCCAGCCCCCACUGACUCCUCGGCCCCAGCCACCACCCCCUGAGAGCUGCUGUGCCCUGCCCCCUCGCUCGCUGCCCUCUGACCCUUUUUCCCGAGUUCCUGCCAGUCCUCAGUCCCAGUCCAGCUCCCAGUCCCCACUGACACCCCGUCCUCUGUCUGCUGAGGCUUUCUGCCCAUCCCCGGUUACCCCUCGCUUCCAGUCCCCUGACCCUUAUUCUCGCCCACCCUCACGCCCGCAGUCCCGUGACCCAUUUGCCCCAUUGCAUAAGCCACCCCGACCCCAGCCUCCUGAAGCUGCCUUCAAGGCUGGGCCUCUAGCCCACACUCCGCUGGGAGCUGGGGGCUUCCCAGCAGCCCUGCCCUCAGGGCCGACAGGUGAGCUCCAUGCCAAGGUCCCAAGUGGGCAGCCCUCCAAUUUUGCCCGGUCCCCUGGGACCGGUGCAUUUGUGGGUACCUCCUCUCCCAUGCGUUUCACUUUCCCUCAGGCGGUAGGGGAGCCUUCCUUAAAGCCUCCUGCCCCUCAACCUGGUCCCCCCCCACCCCAUGGGAUCAAUAGCCAUUUUGGGCCCGGCGCCACCUUGGGCAAGCCCCAAAGCACAAACUACGCAGUAGCCACGGGGAACUUCCACACAUCAGGCAGCCCCCUGGGGCCCAGCAGUGGGUCCACAGGAGAGGGCUAUGGGCUGUCCCCACUACGCCCUGCAUCAGUCCUGCCACCACCUGCACCCGAUGGAUCCCUCCCCUACCUGUCCCAUGGAGCCUCACAGCGGGCAGGGAUCACCUCUCCAGUUGAAAAGCGAGAAGACCCAGGGGCUGGAAUGGGCAGCUCCCUAGCAGCACCUGAACUCCCAGGUACCCAGGAUCCAGGCAUGCCCAGCCUCAGUCAGACGGAGCUGGAGAAGCAACGACAGCGCCAACGACUGCGGGAGCUGCUGAUUAGGCAGCAGAUUCAGCGCAACACCCUGCGGCAGGAGAAGGAGACAGCUGCAGCAGCUGCAGGAGCAGUGGGGCCCCCGGGCAGCUGGGGUGCGGAGCCCAGCAGCCCUGCCUUUGAGCAGCUGAGUCGAGGCCAGACUCCCUUCAAUGGGACCCAGGACAAGAGCAGCCUUGUGGGACUGCCCCAAACCAAGCUGGGUGGCCCUGUCCUGGGGCCAGGGGCUUUUCCCAGUGACGACCGACUCUCCCGGCCACCUCCACCAGCCACCCCUUCCUCUAUGGAUGUGAACAGCCGACAACUGGUAGGAGGCUCCCAAGCCUUCUAUCAACGAGCACCCUAUCCUGGGCCCCUGCCCUUACAACAACAACAGCAACUGUGGCAGCAACAACAGCAGCAGCAGCAGGCAACAGCAGCAACCUCCAUGCGACUUGCAAUGUCUACUCGCUUUCCGUCAACUCCUGGGCCUGAACUUGGCCGCCAAGCCCUAGGUUCCCCCUUGACAGGAAUUCCCACCCGUUUACCUGGUCCUGGUGAGCCAGUGCCUGGGCCACCUGGUCCUGCCCAGUUCAUUGAGUUGCGGCACAAUGUGCAGAAAGGACUAGGACCUGGGGGGCCUCCAUUCCCUGUUCAGGGGCCCCCUCAGAGACCCCGUUUCUAUGCUGUAAGUGAAGAUCCCCACCGACUAGCCCCUGAAGGACUUCGGGGCCUGGCGGUAUCAGGGCUUCCUCCACAGAAACCCUCAGCCCCACCAGCUACUGAGUUGAACAACAGCCUCCAUCCAACACCCCACACCAAGGGUCCCAACCUGUCCACUGGCUUGGAGCUGGUCAGCCGACCCCCUUCGAGCACCGAACUUGGCCGCCCCCCUCCUCUGGCUCUGGAAGCUGGGAAGCUGCCCUGUGAGGAUUCUGAGCUGGACGAUGACUUUGAUGCCCACAAGGCCCUAGAGGAUGACGAGGAGCUUGCUCACCUGGGCUUGGGUGUGGAUGUGGCCAAGGGUGAUGAUGAGCUGAGCACUCUGGAAAACUUGGAGACUAAUGACCCCCACCUAGAUGACCUGCUCAAUGGAGAUGAGUUUGACCUUCUGGCUUAUACUGACCCUGAACUGGACACUGGGGACAAGAAGGACAUUUUCAAUGAGCAUCUGAGGCUGGUGGAAUCAGCCAAUGAGAAAGCUGAGCGAGAGGCCCUGCUGCAGGGGGUGGAGCCAGGACCUUUGGGACCUGAGGAGCGUCCUGCCCCUGCCCCUGCCCCUGAUCCUGAUGCCUCUGAGCCUCGCCUGGCACCGGUACUCCCUGAAGUGAAAACCAAGGUGGAGGAGGGUGGGCCCCACCCUUCCCCUUGCCAGUUCACCAUUACCACCCCCAAGGUGGAGUCAGCACCUGCCACCAAUUCUUUGGGCCUGGGGCCGAAGCCAGGACAGAGUGUGAUUGGCAGCCGGGACACGCGUAUUGUCACAGGACCCUUUUCCAGCAGUGGGCACACAGGUGAAAAGGGCCCCUUUGGGGCCACAGGAGGACCACCAGCUCACCUGUUGGCCCCCAGCCCACUGAGUGGCUCAGGAGGGUCUUCCUUGCUGGAAAAGUUUGAGCUAGAUAGUGGGACCCUGGCCUUGCCUGGUGGACAUGCAGCAUCUGGGGAUGAACUAGACAAGAUGGAGAGCUCACUCGUGGCCAGUGAGUUGCCCCUACUCAUUGAAGAUCUUUUGGAGCAUGAGAAGAAGGAGCUGCAGAAGAAGCAGCAGCUUUCGGCACAGCUGCAGCCUGCCCAGCAGCAACAGCAGCAGCAUUCCCUGCUGUCUACACCAGGCUCUGCCCAGGCCAUGCCUUUGCCACAUGAGGGCUCUUCCAGUUUGGCUGGGCCCCAGCAGCAGCUUGCCCUGGGUCUUGGAGGUGCCCGACAGCCAGGCUUGGCCCAACCACUGAUGCCCACCCAGCCACCAGCUCAUGCCCUCCAACAGCGCCUGGCCCCAUCCAUGGCCAUGGUGUCUAACCAAGGGCAUAUGCUAGGUGGACAGCAUGGAGGGCAAGCAGGAUUGGUACCUCAGCAGAGCCCACAGCCAGUGCUGACACAGAAGCCCGUGGGUACUAUGCCACCUUCAAUGUGCAUGAAGCCCCAGCAGCUGGCGAUGCAGCAGCAGCUUGCUAACAGCUUCUUUCCGGAUACAGACCUAGACAAAUUUGCUGCAGAAGAUAUUAUUGAUCCCAUUGCAAAGGCCAAGAUGGUGGCUUUGAAAGGCAUCAAGAAAGUGAUGGCUCAGGGCAGCAUUGGGGUGGCACCUGGUAUGAACAGGCAGCAAGUGUCACUGCUAGCCCAGCGGCUCUCAGGGGGGCCUGGCAAUGACCUGCAGAACCAUGUGGCAGCUGGGAGUGGCCAGGAGCGGAGUGCCAACGACCCCUCCCAGCCUCGCCCCAACCCACCCACUUUUGCUCAGGGGGUAAUCAAUGAGGCCGACCAGCGGCAAUAUGAAGAGUGGCUGUUCCACACCCAACAGCUCCUACAGAUGCAGCUGAAGGUGUUAGAGGAGCAGAUUGGUGUGCACCGUAAGUCCCGGAAGGCUCUGUGUGCCAAGCAGCGCACUGCCAAAAAGGCUGGCCGUGAGUUCCCAGAGGCCGAUGCUGAGAAGCUCAAGCUGGUCACGGAGCAGCAGAGCAAGAUCCAGAAACAACUGGAUCAGGUCCGAAAACAACAGAAGGAACACACUAAUCUCAUGGCAGAAUAUCGGAAUAAACAGCAACAACAACAGCAGCAGCAACAACAGCAGCAACAGCACUCAGCUGUGCUGGCACUCAGCCCUUCUCAGAGUCCCCGACUACUCACCAAGCUCCCUGGUCAGCUCCUCCCAGGCCAUGGGCUGCAGCCACCUCAGGGACCUCUGGGUGGGCAAGCUGGAGGUCUUCGCCUACCCCCUGGGGGCAUGGCACUACCUGGACAACCAGGUGGCCCUUUCCUCAACACAGCCCUGGCCCAACAGCAGCAACAGCAACAUUCUGGGGGAGCUGGGGCCCUGACUGGUCCCUCUGGCGGCUUCUUCCCUGGCAGCCUUGCUCUUCGGGGCCUGGGACCUGAUUCAAGGCUCUUACAGGAAAGGCAGCUGCAACUGCAGCAGCAACGCAUGCAGCUUGCUCAGAAACUGCAGCAGCAACAGCAGCAGCAGCAGCAGCAGCAGCAGCAGCAGCAGCAGCAACACCUUCUAGGACAGGUGGCAAUCCAGCAACAACAGCAACAGGGCCCAGGGGUGCAGGCAAACCAGGCCCUGGGUCCUAAGCCCCCAGGACUUCUGCCUCCCAACAGCCAUCAGGGCCUUCUGGUCCAACAGCUGUCCCCCCAACCAUCCCAGGGGCCCCAGGGCAUGCUGGGCCCUGCCCAGGUGGCAGUGUUGCAGCAGCAACACCAGCAGCAGCAGCAGCACUCUGGAGCUUUGGGCCCCCAGGGCCCUCACAGGCAGGUACUUCUGACCCAGCCUCGAGUGCUGAGCUCCCCCCAGCUGGCACAGCAGGGUCAGGGCCUUAUGGGACACCGGCUGGUCACAUCCCAACAGCAGCAGCAACAGCAGCAGGGAUCCAUGGCAGGGCUCUCCCAUCUUCAGCAGGGUCUGAUGCCACACAGCGGGCAGCCCAAACUGAAUGUGCAGCCCAUGGGCUCCUUACAACAGCAGCAGCUUCAGCAGCACCAGUUUCAACAACAGCAGCUACAACAGCAACAGCAGCAGCUACAGCAGCAGCAGCAGCAGCAGCUUCAACAUCAACAGCAACAGCAGCUACAACAGCAGCAGCAACAGCAACUACAACAACAGCAGCUACAGCAGCAACAGCAACAGCAGCAGCAGCUACAACAGCAGCAGCAGCAACUACAGCAGCAGCAGCUUCAACAGCAGCAACAGCAGCAGCAGCUUCAACAGCAGCAACAGCAGCAGCAGCUUCAACAGCAGCAGCAGCAGCUUCAACAGCAGCAGCAGCAGCAGCAGCAAUUUCAACAGCAGCAGCAGCAGAUGGGCCUCUUGAACCAGAGUCGAACUUUAAUGUCUCCUCAGCAACAGCAGCAGCAGCAGCAGCAGCAGCAGCAGCAGCAGCAGCAGCAGCAGCAGCAGCAGCAGCAGGUGACACUUGGCCCUGGCAUGCCAGCCAAGCCUCUUCAACACUUUUCUAGUCCUGGAGCCCUGGGCCCAACCCUCCUCCUGACGGGCAAGGAACAAGGCAUUGUAGAGACAGCUCUCCCUCCAGAGGUCACUGAGGGACCCACAACACAUCAGGGAGGCCCACUAGCAAUAGGGACUACACCCGAAUCGAUGGCUGCUGAACCAGGGGAGGUAAAGCCUUCAGUUUCUGGGGACUCACAACUCCUGCUUGUCCAACCCCAGGCCCAACCUCAGCCCAACUCCCUGCAGCUGCAGCCAUCUCUGAGGCUCCCAGGACAACAGCAGCAGCAAGUGAACUUGCUCCACACAGCAGGUGGGGGAAGCCAUGGGCAGCUAGGCAGUGGACCAUCUUCUGAGGCCUCAUCUAUGCCCCACCUACUGUCACAACCCUCUGUUUCCUUAGGGGAGCAGCCUGGACCCAUGACCCAGAACCUUCUGGGUCCCCAACAUCCUCUUGGGCUGGAGCGGCCCAUGCAAAGUAAUGUAGGGCCACAGCCUCCCAAACCAGGACCUGUCCCCCAGUCUGGGCAGGGCCUGCCUGGGCCUGGAGUCAUGCCUACAGUGGGUCAGCUUCGAGCACAGCUCCAAGGCGUCUUGGCCAAAACCCCACAGCUGCGCCACUUGAGUCCUCAGCAGCAGCAGCAGCUACAGGCGCUUCUCAUGCAGCGGCAGCUGCAGCAGAGUCAGGCAGUACGCCAGACCCCUCCCUUCCAGGAGCCUGGGACCCAGCCUUCACCCCUCCAGGGCCUUCUAGGCCGCCAGCCCCAACUUGGGAGCUUCCCUGGAUCCCAAACAGGCCCCCUCCAGGAGCUAGGGGCAGGGCCUCGAUCUCAGGGCCCACCCCGGCUCUCCGCCCCACAAGGAGCCUUAUCGACAGGAUCAGUCCUUGGCCCUGUCCAUCCCACACCUCCACCAUCCAGCCCCCAAGAACCAAAGAGACCUUCCCCGCAAUUACCUUCCCCCAGCUCCCAGGUCCCCUCUGAGGUCCAGCUCACUCCCACCCAGCCAGGGACUCCAAAGCCCCAGGGGCCACCCUUGGAGCUGCCUUCUGGGAGGGUCUCCCCUGCUGCUGCCCAGCUUGUGGACACCUUCUUCGGCAAGGGGCUGGGACCUUGGGACCCCCCAGACAACCUCGCAGAAGCCCAGAAGCCAGAUCAGAGCAGCCUGGUACCUGGGCAUCUGGAGCAGGUGAAUGGGCAGGUGGUACCUGAGCCACCCCAUCUCAGCAUCAAGCAGGAGCCUCGGGAAGAGCCAUGCGCCUUGGGGGCCCAGGCGGUGAAGAGGGAGGCCAAUGGGGAGCCACUAGGGGCACCAGGUACCAGCAACCACCUCCUGCUGGCAGGCCCCCGCUCAGAGGCUGGACAUCUGCUCUUGCAGAAGCUUCUACGGGCAAAGAAUGUACAGCUCAGCACUGGGCGGGGGCCCGAGGGGCUGCGAUCUGAGAUCAACGGGCACAUUGACAGCAAGCUGGCUGGGCUGGAGCAGAAACUACAGGGUACUCCCAGCAACAAGGAGGAUGCAGCAGCAAGGAAGCCAUUGACCCCGAAGCCCAAGCGGGUACAGAAGGCAAGCGACAGGUUGGUGAGCUCCCGAAAGAAGCUGCGGAAGGAGGACGGGGUCAGGGCCAGCGAGGCCUUGCUGAAACAGCUGAAACAGGAGCUGUCCCUGCUGCCCCUAACGGAGCCUACCAUCACCACCAAUUUUAGCCUCUUUGCCCCCUUUGGCAGUGGCUGCUCAAUCAGUGGGCAGAGCCAGCUGAGGGGGGCCUUUGGAAGUGGGGCACUGCCCACUGGCCCUGACUACUAUUCCCAGCUGCUUACAAAGAAUAACCUGAGUAACCCGCCGACACCACCCUCGUCGCUGCCCCCCACCCCACCCCCAUCGGUGCAGCAGAAGAUGGUGAAUGGCGUCACCCCAUCUGAAGAGCUGGGGGAGCACCCCAAGGAUGCCGCCUCUGCCCAAGAGACUGAAGGGGCAUUGAGGAGUGCUUCAGAGGUGAAGAGUCUAGACCUUCUCGCCGCCUUGCCUACACCCCCUCACAACCAGACUGAGGAUGUCAGGAUGGAGAGUGAUGAAGACAGCGAUUCUCCUGACAGCAUUGUGCCAGCUUCAUCCCCCGAGAGCAUCCUAGGGGAGGAGGCGCCUCGUUUCCCUCAGCUAGGCUCAUGCCGGUGGGAGCAGGAUGACCGGGCCCUGUCCCCAGUCAUCCCCAUCAUUCCUCGGGCCAGCAUCCCAGUCUUCCCAGAUACCAAACCUUACGGGGCCUUGGACCUGGAGGUCCCUGGAAAGCUGCCUGCCACAACUUGGGAAAAGGGCAAAGGAAGUGAGGUCUCAGUCAUGCUCACGGUCUCUGCUGCUGCAGCCAAGAACCUGAAUGGUGUGAUGGUGGCAGUGGCAGAGCUGCUGAGCAUGAAGAUCCCCAACUCCUACGAAGUGCUCUUCGCAGAGAGCCCUGCCCGGGCAGGCACUGAGCCCAAGAAGGGGGAAGCUGAGGGCCCUGGUGGGAAGGAAAAGGGUCUGGGAAUCAAGAGCCCAGAAGCUGGCCCUGAUUGGCUGAAACAGUUUGAUGCAGUGUUGCCUGGCUAUACCCUCAAGAGCCAGCUAGACAUCUUGAGCCUCCUGAAACAGGAGAGCCCAGCCCCAGAGCCACCCACCCAGCACAGCUACACCUACAACGUCUCCAAUCUGGAUGUGCGACAGCUCUCGGCCCCGCCUCCUGAAGAACCCUCCCCACCUCCCUCCCCCUUGGCACCCUCUCCUGCCAGCCCCCCUGCUGAACGCCUGGUUGAACUCCCAGCCGAACCCACAGCUGAUCCAUCAGUCCCUUCACCUCUGCCUCUGGCCUCGUCCCCUGAAUCAGCCCGGCCCAAGUCCCGAGCCCGGCCCCCUGAGGAAGGGGAGGAUUCCCGCCCUCCUCGCCUCAAAAAGUGGAAGGGGGUGCGCUGGAAGCGGCUGCGACUGCUACUGACUAUCCAGAAGAGCAGCGGGCGGCAGGAGGAUGAGCGGGAAGUGGCAGAGUUUAUGGAGCAGCUUGGCACAGCACUGCGACCUGACAAGGUGCCUCGAGACAUGCGGCGCUGCUGCUUUUGCCAUGAGGAGGGUGAUGGGGCCACUGAUGGGCCUGCCCGCCUGCUGAACCUGGACCUGGACCUGUGGGUACACCUCAACUGUGCCCUGUGGUCCACAGAGGUGUAUGAGACCCAGGGUGGGGCGCUGAUGAAUGUGGAGGUUGCUUUGCACCGGGGACUGCUAACUAAGUGCUCCCUGUGCCAGCGCACCGGUGCCACCAGCAGCUGCAAUCGCAUGCGUUGCCCCAACGUCUACCAUUUUGCCUGUGCCAUCCGCGCCAAGUGCAUGUUCUUCAAGGACAAGACCAUGCUAUGCCCAAUGCAUAAGAUCAAGGGGCCCUGCGAGCAGGAGCUGAGUUCUUUUGCUGUCUUCCGGCGGGUCUACAUUGAGCGGGACGAGGUGAAGCAAAUCGCCAGCAUCAUCCAGCGGGGAGAGCGGCUGCACAUGUUCCGUGUGGGGGGCCUUGUGUUCCAUGCCAUCGGACAGCUGCUCCCUCACCAGAUGGCUGACUUCCAUAGUGCCACUGCCCUCUAUCCCGUGGGCUACGAGGCCACGCGCAUCUACUGGAGCCUCCGGACCAACAACCGCCGCUGCUGCUACCGCUGCUCCAUCGGUGAGAACAAUGGACGGCCGGAGUUCAUAAUCAAAGUCACGGAACAGGGCCUGGAGGACCUGGUCUUCAGUGACGCCUCCCCCCAGGCCGUGUGGAAUCGCAUCAUCGAGCCGGUGGCUGCCAUGAGAAAAGAGGCUGACAUGCUGCGGCUCUUCCCUGAGUACCUGAAAGGCGAGGAGCUCUUUGGGCUGACGGUGCACGCUGUGCUUCGCAUAGCUGAAUCACUGCCUGGGGUGGAGAGCUGUCAAAACUAUUUAUUCCGCUAUGGCCGUCACCCCCUGAUGGAGCUGCCACUCAUGAUCAACCCCACUGGCUGUGCCCGAUCGGAACCUAAAAUCCUCACACACUACAAACGCGUUUUCACAUCCAUUAUCUCAUUUGAUCCUCACAACAACCUUAUGAGGCCCCAUACCCUGAACAGCACCAGCAUGUCCAAGGCAUAUCAGAGCACCUUCACAGGCGAGACCAACACCCCAUACAGCAAGCAGUUUGUGCACUCCAAGUCAUCUCAGUACCGGCGGCUGCGCACUGAGUGGAAGAACAACGUAUAUCUGGCUCGCUCCCGUAUCCAGGGCCUGGGGCUCUAUGCAGCCAAGGACCUAGAGAAGCACACAAUGGUCAUCGAGUAUAUUGGCACCAUCAUUCGUAACGAGGUGGCCAACCGGCGGGAGAAAAUCUAUGAAGAGCAGAAUCGAGGUAUCUAUAUGUUCCGGAUAAACAAUGAACAUGUGAUUGAUGCUACAUUGACCGGAGGCCCUGCCAGGUACAUUAACCAUUCCUGUGCCCCUAACUGUGUGGCAGAAGUUGUGACAUUUGACAAGGAGGACAAAAUCAUCAUCAUCUCCAGUCGGCGAAUCCCCAAAGGAGAGGAGCUGACGUAUGACUAUCAGUUUGACUUUGAGGACGAUCAGCACAAGAUCCCCUGCCACUGUGGAGCCUGGAAUUGUCGGAAAUGGAUGAACUAAGCAGCUUUGAGGCUACCAGGCAGGGGAGUCUUCCCAUGCCCAACCUCUUCCCUGAAAGGGAUGAGGGGGAAGAGCAGUAGCAGCCGGAGCCGGGACCCAGGGCUGGGGCUGCCGGCUGACCGGAGCCCCUGGAGCAGGAGGCUGGGGCAGAGGGCCCUAGGCCAAGCCCACCCUGGGCACCAGGGACAACCCUCUUCCCCGCCACCGGCCCCCAGGCUGGCAUCUCUGCCCCCAGCUCCAGGAGGGGCCAGACAGAAGCAGCCAUUGGGCAUCUCAGGUUUGAGGGGGAUAUGGGCUGGGAACUACCCAGAAGCAUCUGGGAGGCAGCAGGGAGGGGGGAGGAGGAUGUGUGAUUGGGCCUCACAGCCCUGCUGCUCCCACUGACCUCUCUGGCCCAACUCAAGGCUGCAAAGAGACUUGACUAAGCUUGACAAUCCCAAAGGCCGGGUCCCACACCUGGCCCUGCCUGCCGGGUCCUGCCCCCACCCUCACGCCCAUCCCCUUCCUUCUCAGUCUGUCUCUGUCUCCCUCUUCUCCUCUGUGUUUCUGUCUCUCUAUGGGUUGUGUUUCCUUGUUUUCCACUCUGACAAAUGCAACAUGAACGGGAAAGAGGUGCCCAGCUGCCCAGGAGGGCAAGCCAGGCGAGCCGGGCAAGGAGACCCCGCACCCACACCUACCUCAUUUAAGUGUUGGAUUUUUUGCUGUUUUGAAAUGUGAGACCCUCUCCAAGCCCCCCACUGCCCCUACCCUCUCCCCCACCUCACUGCCCUCUUAGUGGGUGGAAGGGGGGUAGGAAGAGGAAGAAGAAAACAACAACAAAAAAUCCAUCUUUGUUUUUAAUUGUGGGCAUGGGAUGGUGGUUGAGGCUGAUGAUGAUGAAGAUUGGGGAUGACUGGCCCCUAGUUGCUCUAGGACUUCCUUCUCCAUCUGGACAUGGGGGUGGGAGGGGUGUGCUAACCUAGGACCAGGUUAUCUCCCUCCUGUUAGCUCAACCCCAUCAUGAGCCCAUUUGCCCUCCAGCCCCUGGAUGGGGUGGCUGGGGGGCGGGGUGAGGGCUGUCCCUGAGUGGCAUGCCCAUACCCAGUGAGGCAGGGUGUGGCCCGGAGCUCCCACUUUCCCUCAGUCACCAAACUGCUGCUGGUCUGGUGGGAAGGGGUGGUGAUGUGAGGGUGGGGGAGCUUAGUGUCAGCGCGGGGAGGGUGGGGGGUAUUUAUCUAUUUAUACAUGGGAUUGUACAUAGUCUUGUGGGGCAUGGGGGAGCCGGCUGGAGGUGAGAACCCUCCCCUCUCCCCCCACCCCCGGGGAGAGCAAAUGUAAAACUACUAAUUUUUGUGCUUUAUAUAUUCUAUAUAAAUAUAUCUAUUUUCUUUUUACAAAACCAGUUUAUAAAUGGUAGGGGGGCAUGGGGCGGACACAUGGAGCUCCCCUUGUGGGGGGGCCCCCUCCAUUACCCAACCUACCGCCCUUUUCCUCACCCCCCUCCCCACCCCCUGGCUGUGACUGCUGUAAGGUGGGGGUAUAGAGGCUGGGCAAUUCCCACCCCCUGUUGAAUAGUUGGACUAUGUUAUAACGCACAAAAAUGAGCUGGCCCCAGGGGGAGCCAGAGGGUGAUGGGUCCCCUGCCUCCCUUCUCCCUCCCCUUUCUGCCCAAGCUUGUGCUGCAGUUGAACCUCUUCCUGGUGGCAGGGGUAGGUAGAGGGUGGGUGAGGCCCCAGAUCCCUCUCUGGUAGGGAGCUGUGGGGAUGAAGAUGAAGCUUAUAUGCAGUUCUCUCCUAGGGGCUGUGGGCAAAGGGCAUUUUGUAAUUACUAUUUUCAAGAAUCAAAUGUCUGGAGUGUAGGGGUGGGCUUGGUGGUGGAUGGGCGGGCCUGCUGGAGGGAGAGCACGGUCGCUGUUGUGAUUUUAGGUUUGUUUUUGUUUUGUUUUCGAAUUUGGGGGUUGUGGAUUGAUGGGGGUAGGGAGAUUUUUUUUUUUCUUAAGCUGCUUCCUCAACAGUUUCAAGCUGCAAAUGUUUAAUAACACCCACCCCCCCAUACACACACACACACACACACACACACACACGACCCACUGUAAUUAAAUCAGACAGUGGGGAGACCGAGCUUCUGCCCCCAAAGCCACAGCCAUUGGAUGUUCCUUUUCCAAGAGUAAGGUCUAGGCUACAGAGAGGGGGAGAUUGGCUCCUAUGAGUCAGGCUCUGAUUGGGGCUUGGGCCCCGGGUUUGGGAAAAGGGAAUGGGGCAGACUUUGUAAGCAUAUGCUAGGUAUCCCAUAGUCCUGUAGAAUUUAGUGAAGAAACCUUAUACAGUUUUUAAUUUUUAUAUAAACUAUAACUCAGACCCAAGCUACAAGGUUGGAAUUUUGGUUGUUGAUUCUUUUUUUUUUUUUUUUAAAGUACCCCGCCUGUAUAAUUGCAUCAGAAUUCCCUCCUCCCUCCCUCCCCCGUGUUUGUAUUUUGGGUUGGUUUACACUUGCACAUAUUCAAUUUUCAGUUUUCCCCUUUACAGUCUUCUACCCUCACCUCCAGGACCCUCCCCCUUUUUAAAAAAAAUAAAUCGCUGACAAGUGUGAA